AUGGCAACACACACCACCAAAACGAGUGUGUCAAAACCAUCAUUUGCGAGCAUUGCGGCGAUGGCUCCUCCUAUCCAUCCUGGACCACUAAUCGUAGGCCGAGAAAAUGAGAGGCCUUCGAAAGCAUCGUCCCCAACCCGCUCAAGCCAGGCUUCAAAAGUCGAAAGCCCUAUGGCGUCUCAAUUGCACCGAGAACUGCAGAAUUCGAUGUCACGGCUUGCCGUCAGGGAAUCUCCACUGGCUUUGAACGCUUUAGAUGACCAGCAGAAGAGUAACAUCAGCCGGGCAGGUCUCAAAUUCGAUGAUGAUCAGACUCAGAUCUCAUCGUCGUCCACCAAGCCCGCAAGCCUUGAUGGCAAAAGCACUACCUCUGGCACAACAUUUGCCCUAGACGAAAAGGAGUCGCUUCGGCCGGAUGAUAGUGCCAGUGUCAAAGCUGCCGAGGAUGAAGAUUUUGGUUCGGGACCUGCGUCUGGUGCGCAGAAUUCGCGGGUUGGUUCCGAAGCUGGGAGCAGAGCAUUUCGAGAUCAAUUCUACGAGAUCACCGAGAGCAUUGGCUCGGGCUCUCACCGAAUGCAUCCUCUCAGUCGAAGAAUCAUCGCAGGGAUUGAGGAGGAAGGACCGCAAAUGACACGCUCUCCACUUACAUCAGCAUUGCCAGCACCAGUCAACUUGCCUCAUCCUGAUAUCAUUGCGCCUAAAGCGCCUACAAUUGAUUACAAGUAUCAGGAACCGGAUGAGAAAUUGUUGGAAGCCCUCGAAUCUCCCAAAGAUCGAUUGUUUCUUUUACGCCUUGAGCAGGAAGUAAUCACAUUCGUCAAAGAUUCACAAGAACCGAUGAUCGAUUUGCCUCCUUGUAAUUCUUUUUGUCGUCUACUAGCGCACAAGCUGGCAGAUUAUUAUGCAUUGACACAUUUUGUUGACAAUGCCGUAAGCUCUGUACGAUUGUACAGAACGCCUUAUUGUCGAGUCCCGCCUCCCUUAGGCGCCCUUGCACCAAAAGCUUCGGCUCCCGUGGAUGCCCAAUCCUCGUCUCAACCGACCAUGAAAAUCAUGCGUCGCGCAGGUGUAGGCAGGGAUGGCCAAAUCAUUGAAUCUGGAGCCAACACCGCAGAUGGCUCAAUGGCCCCUUCUAAAGCUGGUUCGGAGACUGGCGAGGAUAGCCAACGAGGUACUGGCGUAGCAUCUCCAACUGACUCAAACCUUACUAAAGACAAAUCAGCCAUGACAAGGGAAGAACGGGAAGCGAAGUACAAGGAGACAAGAGAGCGAAUUUUCGGACCGGAGAGUGAAAAUAUCGAUAGCAACGAUGCCGUGAACGAGGUUUCACGCACUAGCUCUAGGAAUGAGAAGAAAAAGAAAAAACACAAGAACAACGAUGACGGUUUUGAAGCACGAUCCCAAUUCAACGCUUAUUAUCCUUCCAUGCAGUAUCCUGUCACAACCUACGAUCAGACUGCAGCUUCACCGGCAUGUUACAGCCCUUAUACUAUGCAGCAGGGGAAUAUGUUAAGCCAGCCCGGGCCUGUAGGCGCGGCCUUGUUGCAGCAAGGCUAUCAACAGGGAUACAAUCCAAUGGCAACCCCACAAGGUUUUCCAGCUAUGACGAGCCAAAAUCCGUCACUAAGUGGAUACGAUGUGCAAGCCGCAAACGUCCAUGCCGCGAGCUACAAUCAACAGAUUUCAUCUCAUUACUAUCCGCCGAUGCAGCAAGGCAUUGGCAUUGGUCAAUCGUCUCCAGUCAUUUCUUCGCCAGCAAUGAGCAACCACGGUCAAUUUUCUCGGCCGCAGUCGCAGUUGUCCGAUCAACAGUGGUCUCAGAACACGUACCCUUACUCUUACCCGCAACAGAGAGAUCAGCAGCAGUAUUUCCCCUUACCAAUGCAAACUCCAAAUCCAGUGGCCGGCGUAGCAUCGGUUCCCUACCAGUAUGGGCAAUUACCCUUGCAGCCUGGCACGCAGGGUGUAAGAGCUCAGCAUCCACUACCGGGCAGCUAUAAGAGCCAAGCUUUCAACCCGCAAACCCGAGCUUUCGUGCCCAAUGGGGGCUCUGGUCCACCGCAGGCCGUUCAACAUGGGAACAAUUCUAGUCUUUCGACCCGAAAUCUGAACGGAAGUCAAUACUCGCCAUAUAUCCAACAACCGUCGCCCUACCACCAAGGAUCUUCGCUGCCAGUAUCUGCGUCCUACAGCUUUAGCCAUGAGCCCAAAGCCUACGGAACACGCAAAAGCUCAACACAGUCGAAUGCUGCACAUUCGCCAGUGCAAAGCUCGCUUUCAAAAUGGGGCACUCCGUCUCACCUGCCUCCGAAGCCACCGCCUCCAGAGGUCCCAAGCAUGCCCGAGGCUCAACACUCCCUUCCUAUGAACAACCAAUUCAGCGUGAAUGUUCAAUCGUUGAAGAAUGGAGGACAACAAAUGCCCAGCUUCCAAAAUGGGGUUUAUUCGAUGCCAAGCGUUGGUUCCCAGGCUACAUAG